GAUGAGUGUUCUCGCGAAAGAGGUGUUAUCGCGAGACAAGAAGGAGAUGUUUUGAGUCUACAUGCGUCUGUUUUAUGACAACCUGGCAGCUCCGCCAUGGACUCGCAGUCAUCGAUUCUGGAGGAGAACUUGGAGAAGAUUUUGAGGGGUGAGGGUCUCGAGUUUGAUUCAGUCGCUGAACAAGUGGACCCAGUCACACUGAGGAAGAACGUGUGUUAUAUUGUCGGCGCAGUCAUUUUCAAUUCAAAGGAGGAAGUGUUGAUGGUACAGGAGGCAAAGAGAGAGUGUUACGGCAGAUGGUACCUCCCUGCGGGUCGCAUGGAGGAGUGUGAAAGCAUUCUAGAGGCACUGCAGAGGGAGGUCAGAGAGGAGGCGGGAAUCGACUGUCAGCCAAUCACACUGCUGCUGGUGCAAGAGCAAGGGCCCAGAUGGGUUCGCUUCAUCUUCCUUGCUGAGGAAACAGGGGGCUCUCUAAAGACAACUGCAGAAGCGGACGAUGAAUCUCUGCAAGCUCAUUGGUGGGAUCGCAAGUCUCCACUUCCCCUUCGUGCACAUGACAUACUGUCCCUCAUCGACGCUGGACUCAAAUAUCGCCGAAAUCCCUGGUUCCCAGUCACACAACCUGUUGACUUCCCCUGCCAUGUUGUCUGCCAAAGACUUUUCCUCACAUUCAUCUCCAGCAGAGCUGAUGCUCAUGACCGCCUGUGGCUGCUUAUGAGCAAUAAUAACACCAGUCAUCAUCCUCGUCUUCCUAUUGUUGUAUCUUUCAGAACAUACAUCUCGAAGGCUGUAAGCAAACUGAUUGAGGACUGCAUGCCUUCGUCGUACAUAAGCGUUCAUAUACGUGGCAUUUUGGGAGUGCAGCACAAUGGGAGAAUUCCAGGCAAAACUGAUGGGAUCUGCUUCAACACGCUUGUGCUACUGGAAAACACAGAGGAAGGCGCUGAAAUUGGCAGCCCGCCAUCAUUAGAAAGUGACUGUUACAGAUGGCAAGAAGUGACCAAUCAGGGUCUAAAAGCAAAGAUAAUAGAGAGGAUUAAAGAUAGGUCUGUUCUGCCGUUUCAAAGUCUAUAGUUUAACGCGCUGCAGAUCUGCGUGGAACCUGGAUCUUCUCCAUGAGCACUGCUGCUUUGACUCCAUAUGGAUUGUUAAAUGCAUUAUACAGGGUGGGCCAUUAUGUGGAAACACCUUAAUAAAAUGGGAAUAGUAGGUG